AAGUAUAAUUUGUAUGUAAUUUAUCAUUACUUACAGGAAGAACUUCCUCAUUUCUGUUUAUUACAAAACAGAUAUGUUUGUUCACAUAUUGGCAGUGGAUGAUGCACUUUUCUCAUGCAGUCUUUAAACAUGAGUUUGCUCAGGAGCACUAGCCAAUCCAUUUUUCUUUCUUUACUGCUGCAAACAUAUGCCCAGUUUCAUACAGAGCUGUUAAUGCUGCACGAUAGCCAUUCACUUGCUUUGGAGGAGCUAGUAGAGAUAGGAGUGUUUGUAUGAGCCUGAGGAAGUUAUUAAAUCCAAUAACUUUCAUUUACCAAAAGAGUUCUUAAAUCAGAAUCAGCUUCAGGUAAAUGGGUGGCCAGCAGGGUGAGGGAGGUGAUUGUGCCUCCCUGCUCUGCCUUUGUGAAGGCCUAUCCAGAGUAGGAAGUCCAGGCCUGGGGCCCCCAGUAUGGGAAGGAUACAGUGCUGUUGGGGUGGGUCCAGAAGAGGCCUAUGAAGAUCAGAGAGCUGGAGCACCUCUCCUAUGAAAAUAGCUUGAGGAUGCUGGGUUUGCUCAGCUCAGAGAAGAGAAAGUUCCAGUGAGAUAUCGUCACUGCCUUCCAGUAACUGAAGGGAUGCCUGAAUGAAAGUCACAGGGAUGUUACCCUUAGUGGUCUCAGGGUUGGGGCAGUCCAGAGGCAGUGCAAAGGGAGAAGCUGUAGAUGCCUCAUCCCUGGAGGUAUUCACGGCCAGGUUGGAUGGGCAGCAUGAUCAAGUUGGAGGCAGCCCUGCUCAUAACAGCAGAUUGGAACUGUAUGGGCUCUAAGGUCCCUUCCAACCCAAACUGUUCUGUGAUUCUACGAUGAAGCAGCUCUUGACCCACAGAUGCAACAGGAAGUGACUACAAAUUACUGUUGCCCAGGGGUGGAAACGACCUGGUUCAUGUCUUGAUGGCUAGAAUUUGUGCCAUGGAAGAUAUUCUGAAGUAACAGUGAAGGAGAAUCCUGUUCUUACACAAGGGAUACCACAUUUAGCUCUCUGUUACCAGGAAGACAGUGGCAUAUAGGAUUUUGCUUACUAGAGAUUCGGUGUAAGUUUGUAGCUGGAAAGUUUUGUCACACUGUAGAAAUACUGAUCCUCGUGGGUCAGGCUCUGAAGUACUUAGAGAAGUCAGAGAACGGGAUAAGAUUUUACUGUAGCCUCAGAACAGAAGCUGAACUGUCUCUGUGAGUUAUGCUGAGAGCUGACAGAAGUCAUAUACAGACACGGUGAUACGAAUUAAGCUGUGUAUAGCAUCACGACUGAAGUAAGGAGAGAACUCCGAGGUGCUCCUCCGCACGCAGCCGGCAGUUAAUCAUUAAGCCCCUGCAGACCCGUUCUUUCGUGCCCCCAGCCCCGACUCCCCCGGGAGUUGCCGUCAGGAGGGAGGGGCGCCCUGAACCCGCCGCCUCCCGGGUCACACCUGUUUCUCUCUUCGCCUUUCCUCUCCUCUCGUUCGACUAUCCCCGCCACCGCAGCCUCGCACAAGCGGCCCGCACUGCCCUACGCCCGCCCCGUCCCGUUCGGCAGCCCAUGGGCGCGGCGGCGAGGCGAGGCAGGUGCCGCUGAGCAGCAUGGCCAAGGGGCCCGAGCAAGAGGACGCCUUCCUGCACCUCCCGGCCACGCAGGCGAUGUCCGCCACCGCCGGGCCGGAGGAGUGCUACGUGGAGCUGCUGGCGGGCGGCUUGCUGCCCUACGCCGAGGAAGGGCUGGGAGCCGGGAGGGGGCUGACGGAGUUGCCCGCUGCCGUCAAGUCGGAAGUGCCUUUUAACGGCGAGACUCUCUCCUCGGAAGAAGAGGAUGCGAAUACUCGCGACGGCAAACUGAGAGCUGCGGACAAGAGCCCGUCCCCGAAGAAGAGCAUCACGCAGAUGAUGAAGGACAAGAAGAAGCAGACGCAGCUCACCCUGCAGUGGCUGGAAGAAAACUACAUUGUCUGUGAGGGAGUUUGCUUACCAAGAUGCAUCCUUUAUGCACAUUAUUUAGACUUCUGCAGAAAAGAGAAGCUGGAACCUGCCUGUGCUGCAACUUUUGGGAAGACCAUUCGCCAGAAAUUCCCUCUCCUUACCACAAGGCGGCUUGGAACAAGAGGCCAUUCCAAGUAUCACUAUUAUGGAAUUGGCAUUAAAGAAAGCAGUGCGUACUACCACUCCGUUUAUUCUGGCAAAGGCUUAACCAGGUUCUCUGGAAGCAAGUUGAAAAAUGAGGGUGGUUUCACUCGGAAAUAUUCUCUGAGUUCCAAAACUGGAACUCUCCUCCCAGAAUUUCCAAGUGCUCAACAUCUUUUACUUCAAGGAUGCAUUUCUAAAGACAAGGUAGAUACUCUUAUAAUGAUGUACAAAACACACUGUCAGUGUGUCCUUGACAAUGCAAUUAAUGGGAACUUUGAAGAGAUUCAACAUUUCUUAUUACAUUUUUGGCAAGGAAUGCCUGACCAUCUUCUUCCCCUGCUUGAAAAUCCCAUCAUUGUUGACAUCUUCUGUGUUUGUGACUCAAUUCUGUAUAAGGUUCUUACAGAUGUACUUAUCCCUGCAACAAUGCAAGAAAUGCCAGAAAGUUUACUGGCAGAUAUAAGAAAUUUUGCAAAAAACUGGGAACAGUGGGUUGUUUCCUCUUUGGAAAAUCUACCAGAAAUCCUGAUGGAUAAGAAACUGCCAAUUGCUCGAAGAUUUGUUUCCUCCCUGAAAAGACAGACAUCAUUCUUACACCUAGCACAGAUUGCCCGGCCAGCACUUUUUGAUCAGCAUGUGGUGAAUUCCAUGGUUUCAGACAUUGAAAAAGUUGAUUUGAAUAGUAUUGGCUCUCAGGCACUCCUUGCAGUCUCAGGGAGCACAGACUCUGAUGGAGAGGUCUACAGUGAAUAUGACUCUAUUACUGUAUUCCAAGAACUGAAGGACCUUCUAAAGAAGAAUGCCACUGUGGAGUCAUUUAUUGAAUGGCUGGAUACUGUGGUUGAGCAAAGGGUUAUCAAGGCAAGCAAACAAAAUGGGAGGUCAUUAAAGAAGAGAGCUCAAGACUUUCUUCUCAAAUGGAGCUUUUUUGGUGCACGAGUGAUGCAUAACCUCACUUUGAACAACGCCUCAAGUUUUGGUUCUUUUCAUUUGAUCCGCAUGCUGCUAGAUGAGUACAUCCUGCUUGCCAUGGAGACACAGUUCAACAAUGACAAAGAACAAGAACUCCAGAAUCUAUUGGACAAAUACAUGAAGAAUUUAGAUGCAAGCAAAGCCACCUUUACUGCAUCACCGAGCUCUUGCUUCCUAGCAAAUCGUAACAAAGCUGCUUCUCUGCCCAGUGAUGCUUCAGUCAAAAAUGAGUGUCUAGCAGAGCAAACCUAUGUGUCCUUGUCAGCUAGUCAGCCUAGCAGUGUGACUUCAGGUCUGAAUCCCUUUGCCACAGGAGACGGUGAGAAUAUGCAGCUGACAGGUCAGAUGGAGCUGCCUCAAAGCACUGGCCACCUGAUGACUCCACCCAUUUCACCAGCCCUGGUCAGCCGAGGAAGUGUUAUCAACCAGGGGCCAAUGGCUGUGAGACCUCCAAGUGUAGGCCCUGUGUUAUCCACACAUUCACAGUGCUCUUCCUACUCAGAGCCCCUUUAUCAAACUUUGUCACAAACUAAUCAGAACUACUAUGGAAACAAUUCCAGUUACCAGGCUAUGUUCAGAACUCAGGCCCAUUCCACUUCAGGAGUUUACCAGCACAGAGCAGAGCACAGCCGAUUCAAUGCUUUGAGUGAACAGCAGUUCUCCAGAGACUACUUCAACAGCAGUUGUGCUGUAACUCCGUACAGUGCCAGAUCACCUUCCAGCUAUUGUCCCUCAUCCAUGACUCAGGAUGCACACAAUAUGCAGUUUCUGAAUACAGGAAGCUUCAAUUUCUUGAGCAACUCAGCAUCCACUUGCCCAGGAGCAACAUAUCCCCCUAAUGCUUCCAACGGAUAUUAUGGAAAUAAUAUCAGUUAUCCAGAAUCUCACAGACUUGGAUCCAUGGUGGAUCAACAUGUUUCUGUAAUCAGCAGUGUAAGUAGCAUUCGACCAUUGCCAUCAUACAAUGAUACACAUGAUCCACUGAAUAUCUUGGAUGACAGCGGAAGAAAACAAACAGGCUCAUACUACACAGAGUCCUCACCUUCAAUUGUCUGUCGAACUGCUAUGUCUUCAAACAUGCAAACCACAUCUUCUUCGCAGUGUAUGUAUGGAACACCUAGUCAGUUCACUCCUCAGGAAAAUCUGGAGUCCCAUGAACCACCAAACAGAGACAUGGUAUCAUCUUUACCACCAAUUAACACAGUCUUCAUGGGAGCAGCAGCUGGAGGAACCUGAACUGGGAGAGGCGUGUCAAUAUCUUAAGCUUACUUCAGACAUUAAGGCUAUAUGACAAUCCGUUUAGGUUGGCGGACUACAGAAGUAUUACAUAUAGCUGGAAAAUGAACCAUUUUAGGGAUUUUAGCACUCCUUCAUGCAGCAGAGCAGAAAUAUUCACUUUUUUUUUUUCCUACUUGUGAAUCACUCAGGAUUGUUUUCAUUAUAACUUUUCAGUCAGAAGUUCAGAGUGAAUAUAAAGAACUAGUGAUUCUUGUCAUCAAGACUAACUUGUAAAGAAAUGAUUACAUCUCUUCCUAAUUUAUUAAAAAUGGUAUUUUAGUCUUUCACAUAUCUUUUAUAUUAAAAUGUUUAUUUAAUGCCUGUGUUGCUCACUAUUUAUUAGGACAACAGAGUAACUGUUUACUUUUUCUUAUUUGACAAGUGUCAAAUUGUAUCCUACCUCCUAUGGAAAUGUUUACAAGGUCAGUUUUUACUGUUUAAAAUGAAACUAAGCCAAAUUCUUACUUUUUUUUUUUUUUUUUUUUUUUUUACUAAUUUCAAGUGUCUAGUGCCUACCUGUGUAAAUGAAAGUUCUCAGGAAAUAAAUAAAACAUACUGUGGGACUAUUUUCUUUUGAAGUAAACUGCUUUCUCUUAAAGCCAAUAAAACAUGCAGAUAUCAUUAGCUAACCAAUGUCAGUAGCCUGUUACUGUAAGUGGAUAACUGAAACAAAUGAAACUAUGGCACAAAAUGUCAUGAGAUUUUUUAAUAUUACUUGUGGUUUGAGCCCCAGGUUUCUACUGGUGGAAAUUCACAAAAAGGUGUCCAUCUUAUUUCAUGAGCUCAGAAAAGCUGUGGAUGUUCAACUCAAGGGUAGUAAAGAUGAUCAAAUGUGUUGCAACUCUCCAGAUCAGCUGUUUUAAUAGAAAAACUAUUCUAUGAGUGCCAUGAUAUUCUGCAUACAAACAUGUAUUUACAUACUUUUCUGAAGAAGCAAGGUGAAGAAUAUUAAUGUUAUUAAAGAGGAUGAAGAAAUGAGCACACUUAUAAAACAAGCUUCUUACUAUGUGUUCAUGAAAUAGCAGGUGUUAUUUUAUAAACAUAUGGACACAUUGUCGGAUUCAGAUUUGAAUUUAAGUCCAGACCUUCUAAUUGUUUGAGGCUAUUUCAUGUCCAUUUUCCUUUAGCAUGUUUUGUAAUUAAAUUCUGACUGCAGGAAAACAAAUAAACAAGCAAACAAGAAAGCCGACCACAACUAAAAGAAAGAAGCAUUGGCAGGAAUAACUCAUGAAUAAUUCCUGACAAAAUAUUUUAUGCAGGUUUGAAAUUUCAGAGUUCAGUAAUUACAAAGAAGUCUCCCAUUCAAUUGCUUCCUAAUUCAGGGUGAGGUCUUAUGUUGAAACCAAAAUGCUCUACUGAUACAAGAAUGUUUUAAUUUCAACAAAAAAUCCCAAUGAUAUGUUGUGGGGCAGGGCUUUACAGCAAGUAAAGGAACUACUGCAAAAUUAUUAUUUCUUCAUAAUUAUUUAGAACUUCAUAUAUUUUCUCCUAAUAUUAAAGUUCUAAAAGUCAGGAUCCUCAUCUGGUCGACACAAGUUUUAGCUGUAGUCAGUGUAAAGAGAUCCCUCCCAUUCCAAGUGGGAUCAGAUGGGGAAGGGGAGUGAGAAGGGAAGAGAGAUGCCACUUUCCUGAAAUGCUUGGCUCCCUCCACAGACAAAUGGCAAAGCUUAUACUUUAAACUGGAAUCUUCUAGAUGAUCGAAUUUAUGUGAGUAAAUAUGUGUAAUUGAGAGGAAGUAGGCAGCCACUAGCCAACAGAGUCUUAGUCCAUCAAGUCCUACAUAAAAAGCACAGCUGACGGUACAUAGUGUCUCCUAUGAAAUUUAUAUGCAUCAUUUCCAGUCAUUUUUUUAUGUGAAUCAUUUCACAUUCAUAUUUUUAUUUAUUUAUUUUGGGGACUAUAAACUAAUUUAUCUGUACUCCAUCUAAGAUAAAAAAGAAUAGUCUACCAUUAAAUGUGCAGAUUUUCAUGAUGACUGCAAAACUUAGAGUAGCGUGAAAUAUCACACUAUUGUAAAUCACAGUUCAUUAUCGACAGCAAAGAGCAGGAAAAAAGCAAAGCCACCCUAAUACUCAAGGAGAAACCUCUCAUAGCAUUGCAUAACAAGGAAAAAAUAAAUAAAUAAAUAAAAGUGGUUGUAUCCAGCAAGACCAAAUGAGAAACUAUCAUCUUAUGACUUUGUGACCUGUCAAAUAUGUAGUUUGAUACAUUCAAGAAGUUUUACCCAUAGGAUGCAAAAUCACUCUCUCUGUUCUUGGGGACAACUCAUGGGAAGGUACUUACUUUUGGUUGUUUAGCAGCAUCAUGGUAAAUAAUGUUGAGAAAGGAGUGGAGCCAGGAGCUGGACUCAAUAAUUCAUAUGGGUUCCUUCCAGCCAAGAAUAUUCUAUGAUUCUGUGAGUGGCAAGUUGGGAUUCGUGGUGUGUAAUUACAAUUUCAUGUAUGCAACAAUAUGUUGUUUAUAAUAUAUGUGGGUCAGAAAA